UGAAAAUAAAAUGGAGGAUGUUGUGACGUGUCCAGACAUUUACGUCGGCAACGGUGAGGUUGCCCCACAAGCGGUCGUGUUUGACACCGUUGUUCAGAUCACCUGUGCUCCUGGAUUCAAGCUGAAUGGAGCACAGCAAGUCAGCUGUGGAGCAGAUGGUUCCUGGAUGCCAAAUGUUCCCACUUGUGAGCCAGUAACAUGUCCAGACAUUUACGUCGCCAAUGGUCAGGUUGCCCCGCAAGUGGUCGUGUUUAACACUGUUGUUCAGAUCACCUGCUCUCCUGGAUUCAAUCUGAAUGGAGCACAGCAACUCCGCUGUGGAGCAGAUGGUUCCUGGACUUCAAAUGUUCCCACUUGUGAGCCAGUGACGUGUCCAGCAAUUUUCGUCAGCAACGGUGAGGUUGCCCCACAAGCGGUCGUGUUUAACACCGUUGUUCAGAUCACCUGUGCUCCUGGAUUCAUUCUGAAUGGAGCACAGCAACUCCGCUGUGGAGCAGAUGGUUCCUGGACGUCAAAUGUUCCCACUUGUGAGCCAGUGACUUGUCCAGACAUUUACAUCACCAAUGGUCAGGUUGCCCCACAAGCGGUCGUGUUUAACACUGUUGUUCAGAUCACCUGCUCUCCUGGAUUCAGUCUGAACGGAGCACAGCAACUCCGCUGUGGAGCAGAUGGUUCCUGGACGUCAAAUGUUCCCACCUGUGAGCCAGAUUGUGUUGAACCAGAGGAUUCUCCGCAAAUGCAGCUGGAUGAUGGUCGUUCUAAAUCGGAGUUCAAGAAAGGGCAGGAUGACGGUCGUUCUAAAUCGGAGUUCAAGAAAGGGCAGGAUGACGGUCGUUCUAAAUCGGAGUUCAAGAAAGGGCAGAAUGACGGUCGUUCUAAAUCGGAGUUCAAGAAAGGGCAGGAUGGCGGUUGUUCUAAAUCGGAGUUCAAGAAAGGGCAGGAUGGCGGUCAUUCUAAAUCGGAGUUCAAGAAAGGGCAGGAUGACGGUCGUUCUAAAUCGGAGUUCAAGAAAGGGCAGGAUGGCGGUUGUUCUAAAUCGGAGUUCAAGAAAGGGCAGGAUGGCGGUCGUUCUAAAUCGGAGUUCAAGAAAGGGCAGGAUGUGGAUUUUAAAUGCGAUCCAGGUUACACGCUAGCAAAAGGAAGUAAAAUAUGCCAUAUGGUGAAAUGUCCAGCAAUUUUCGUCGCCAAUGGUCAGGUUUCCACGCAAGCGGUCGUGUUUAACACCGUUGUUCAGAUCACCUGCGCUCCUGGAUUUAAUCUGAAUGGAGCACCGCAAGUCCGCUGUGGAGCAGAUGGUUUCUGGACUCCAAACAUUCCCAACUGUGAGCCCGUGAAAUGUCCAGUCGUAGUGGUCGCCAAUGGUGUGGUUGCCCCACAAGCGGUUUCAUUUAAAGCUGUUGUCCAGAUCUUCUGCGAUCGUGGGUUUGUACUGAACGGAGCACAAUUAAUCCGUUGUGGAGCUGAUGGUUCCUGGAUGCCAAACAUUCCCACCUGUGAGCCAGUGACUUGUCCAGACAUUUACGUCGCCAAUGGUGAGGUUGCCCCACAAGCGGUUGUGUUUAACACCGUUGUUCAGAUCACCUGCUCUCCUGGAUUCAAUCUGAAUGGAGCACAGCAACUCCGCUGUGGAGCAGAUGGUUCCUGGACUUCAAAUGUUCCCACUUGUGAGCCAGUGACCUGUCCAGACAUUUACGUCGCCAAUGGUCAGGUUGCCCCACAAGCGGUCGUGUUUAACACCGUUGUUCAGAUCACCUGCUCUCCUGGUUUCAAUCUGAAUGGAGCACAGCAACUCCGCUGUGGCGCAGAUGGUUCCUGGACACCAAAUGUUCCCACCUGUGAGCCAGUAACUUGUCCAGACAUUUACGUCGCCAAUGGUCAGGUUGCCCCACAAGGGGUCGUGUUUGACACCGUUGUUCAGAUCACCUGCUCUCCUGGAUUCAGUCUGAACGGAGCACAGCAACUCCGCUGUGGAGCAGAUGGUUCCUGGACUCCAAAUGUUCCCACCUGUGAGCCAGAUUGUGUUGAAGCAGAGGAUUCUCCGCAAAUGCAGCUGGAUGACGGUCGUUCUAAAUCGGUGUUCAACAAAGGGCAGGAUGUGGAUUUUAAAUGCGAUCCAGGUUACACGCUAGCAAAAGGAAGUAAAAUAUGCCAUAUGGUGAAAUGUCCAGCAAUUUCCGUUGCCAAUGGUCAAGUUUCCACGCAAGCGGUUGUGUUUAACACCGUUGUUCAGAUCACCUGCGCUCCUGGAUUUAAGCUGAAUGGAGGGCAGAAACUCCGCUGUGGAGCAGAUGGUUCCUGGAUGCCAAAUGUUCCCACCUGUAAGCCAGUGAAAUGUCCGUCCAUUGUCAUCACCAACGGACGGGUUUCCCCACAAACGGUCGUGUUUAAUGCAGUUGUUCAGAUCACUUGUGCUCCUGGAUUCAAGCUGAAUGGAGCACAGCAAGUCCGCUGUGGAGCAGAUGGUUUCUGGAUGCCAAACAUUCCCACCUGUGAGCCCGUGAAAUGUCCAGUCGUAGUGGUCGCCAGUGGUGUGGUUGCCCCACAAGCGGUUUCAUUUAAAGCUGUUGUCCAGAUCUUCUGCGAUCGUGGGUUUGUACUGAACGGAGCACAAUUAAUCCGUUGUGGAGCUGAUGGUUUCUGGACGCCAAACAUUCCCACCUGUGAGCCAGUAACGUGUCCAGACAUUUACGUCGCCAAUGGUGAGGUUGCCCCACAAGCGGUCGUGUUUGACACCGUUGUUCAGAUCACCUGCUCUCCUGGAUUCAAUCUGAAUGGAGCACAGCAACUCCGCUGUGGAGCAGAUGGUUCCUGGACGUCAAAUGUUCCCACUUGUGAGCCAGUGACGUGUCCAGACAUUUACGUCGCCAAUGGUCAGGUUGCCCCACAAGCGGUCGUGUUUGACACCGUUGUUCAGAUCACCUGCUCUCCUGGUUUCAAUCUGAACGGAGCACAGCAACUCCGCUGUGGAGCAGAUGGUUCCUGGACACCAAAUGUUCCCACCUGUGAGCCAGUAACUUGUCCAGACAUUUACGUCGCCAAUGGUGAGGUUGCCCCACAAGCGGUCGUGUUUGACACCGUUGUUCAGAUCACCUGCUCUCCUGGUUUCAAUCUGAACGGAGCACAGCAACUCCUUUGUGGAGCAGAUGGUUCCUGGACUCCAAAUGUUCCCACCUGUGAGCCAGUAACAUGUCCAGACAUUUACGUCGCCAAUGGUGAGGUUGCCCCACAAGCGGUCGUGUUUAACACCGUUGUUCAGAUCACCUGCUCUCCUGGAUUCAAGCUGAAUGGAGCGCAGCAACUCCGCUGUGGAGCAGAUGGUUCCUGGACGUCAAAUGUUCCCACCUGUGAGCCAGUAUUUCAGAGUCCAGAAUCCAUGACCUGUUCAGCACCCGUGGUUGAAAAUGGAGUGAUAAAAGGUGGAGCCAAGCCAUCGUACGAACCCAACGAUACUGUUAGCAUCAUCUGCAAAGCUGGCUGUCGUAUGAUUGGUGCAUCAGUGGCCAAAUGUGGACCAGAUGGCCAAUGGCAGGGCUUGCCCCGUUGCCGCUUCACAGCAAAAUUUCCUUGA